CGGCAUCAGACAAUAAAUCUACCAUCAUGCCUUGUGAACCUGAUCCUAAUAACGUCUGCUCUUCUGCUUGCUGCGGUGGGCAACUCAAGAAGAUCAAGACCGGGGACGCCCGCGUUCCCCAGGCCCGCGUUCCCCAAACCCCCGACGAAGGUCACACCGAAAGCCACUCUUCCACAGAGGAACCGCAGGAAGAUGACCCCAACAACCCCAGCUGCUGCAAGGACAAGCCAUCUCCCUGCUGUGAUGAAUCUUGCCUUGAUAGCAUCGCCCUCCGCGAAUGCGAGAAAGGACCGAUUCUAUCACCCUCUAGCGAGAUAUCUCCGAAGCUCCUCCUGAGCCGCAGCUGCCAAAGUCCCAACGGCAAACCAUGCGACCAACACCGUCGCUCUGCGCGGGCGAAGUACGCAGCGAAGCUUGAAGCUCUGGGUUGUAUUUGCCGUGCUUUAAUAGCACUCGGGCAGGAAUCUUGCUGUGUCCCGUCAAGACGCUCCUCUCUUGGUAAAGAGCGUCGCUCUACCGACUCUCGCUGUGCAGGGGGCAGUACAGGGUCCGAGAGACGCUGUAGCGCAAGCCUAAAGAGUAGAGAAGAGGCAUGUUCAAGCGGCUGUUGCGGUUCUCCGAAGGCUCCUUUAGUGGCUAAGCAGGGUGAUUCCUUGAGUAAAGGGAAGGCUGUUAACUCUGGUAGCCAUUACAGUAGACCUGAGGCAUCCGAAAUUGCCGGACAGCACUCCUGCGUUAAGAAGGGUGGGUUUAGCAAUACCAUGGCCUGCUCGAAGGGUUGUUGCAGUAAACCAGGAGUCAAACCGACUGUUGAGCAAUGUUCCUCUUCUGGAAAGGGAAAUUCUGGUGGCCGCAGCGGCUCAGCUGGUUGCUGCAGUAAGCCCAAAGCGCCUUCUAGUGCCUUUCCCGGAGAGAAACCCAAUAAGCCCGCCUGCCCAUCUAGCUGCUGCGGUAAAUCCUUGCCAUCUUCAUGCACAAUUACUGAAAAAGGACCUAGCGACCCAAUCGAGGCCAUUACAGACACCGCUACCCUUGACCUUGAAAAAGGAACCGCGGGCAAGGAGCAUGUCGUUUUGAGCAUAUCUGGGAUGACCUGUACAGGGUGCGAAACAAAGCUUAAGCGGACCUUGGGCACACUGCAGUCGGUCCAGAACCUCAAAACCAGCUUGGUGCUCUCCCGAGCAGAGUUCGAUCUUGACGUCGGUUCUCAGUCACUCGAUGAAGUUUUCAAGUAUUUGGAAAGGUCUACCGAGUUGAAGUAUAAACGAGUCACAGAUCGAGGAUCUCACGUCGACAUUAUCGUCCCCAAUGCCUCUGAGUUUAUGAAGCAGGUCUGGCCUCGUGGCGUAACCCAGAUGACCCUGGUUGACGAAGGAACCGUCAAUAUCGCUUUUGAUGCGAAGAUAACCGGGGCGCGAGAUCUGGUGGAGCAUGGCUGGGGCAGACCUCUCAGCCUGGCUGCUCCUCUGCCUGAUCCGACGCUCCGGGCUGGAACCAAGCAUGUGCGCCAUCUAGGAUACAUGACUAUUCUGUCCAUUAUUCUAACAGUACCCGUCUUAGUCCUGGCUUGGGCUCCACUUCCAGAGAGGCAAAUCACAUAUGGCUCUGCAUCGCUGGCACUGGCGACGAUGGUCCAGAUUGUCAUUGCCGGCCCGUUCUACCCAAAGGCGUUGAAAGCCUUGAUAUUUUCUAGAAUAGUCGAGAUGGAUUUGCUCAUUGUGAUGAGCACGAGCGCCGCCUACAUUUUCUCAGUGGUCUCAUUUGGAUAUCUCAUUGCGGGUCAGCCACUCUCCACUGGUGGAUUCUUCGAAACCAGCACAUUGCUCGUCACCCUGAUCAUGGUUGGUCAGUAUGUCACUGCCCUCGCUCGUCAGAAAGCUGUUGAAUCUAUUUCGCUUCGGUCACUGCAGAAGCCUACUGCUAUCCUCACGGACAGCUCUGGAGCCAAUGAAAAAGAGAUCGAUGUUAGACUUCUUCAAUAUGGGGACAUCUUCAAGGUCCUUCCAGACUCUCAGAUUCCCUCCGAUGGCACAGUUAUCAUGGGCUCGUCAGAGGUCGAUGAGUCAAUGAUCACUGGAGAGGCUAUACCGAUAGACAAGGCCCCUGAAUCUGCCGUUGUCGCAGGAUCUGUGAAUAGUUCUGGGGUGUUGAUUGUCAAACUGACGCGUCUCCCUGCUGAUAAUACAAUCUCUGUUAUUGCGGGGAUGGUUGAUCAAGCCAAGCUAUCAAAAGCAAAGAUCCAGGGUAUUGCGGAUCGAGUGGCAAGCUACUUUGUACCCGUGGUAGUCGCUCUGACUAUUAUCACCUUCGUGAUCUGGGUCGCCAUAGGCAUUGCGGUGCGAAACCAUUCCGGAUCUCGAGCAACCACGGAGGCCAUAACAUACGCUAUCACUGUACUGAUUGUUUCUUGUCCUUGCGCUAUUGGCCUGGCAGUCCCUAUGGUCAUCGUUAUUGCCAGCGGCGUCGCUGCCGAGCGAGGCAUCAUUUUUAAGGCCGCGGACGGCAUCGAAGUCGCCUGCAAGACUUCCCACGUUAUAUUUGAUAAGACCGGAACCCUUACCCAAGGCAAACUCACCGUUGCUGUUGAGCAUAUAGACACUACGAGAGACUCCAUGUCCUUACUUCUCAGCCUAAUCGGGAAUAACAAGCACCCAAUUUCCGCCGCCGUUGCAGCACAUCUCAAAGACAAAGGAAUAUCAGCAUCUAACGUCACUAACACAAAGGUACUAACCGGAAAAGGCGUAGAAAGCUCUGCACCAGGUCUCAUCCUCCGCGCAGGAAACUCACGAUGGCUCAACCUCUCGUCCAAUCCACAGGUCCAAUCCGUCCUUGAAAGAGGCUAUACAGCAUUCUGUUUCACCAUCAACGACACCCUCGCCGCCGUCUUUGGCUUAGAGGACUCACUCCGCCCCGACGCUCUCGAAACCGUAACCAAGCUCCAGGAACGUGGUAUAUUCGUCCACCUUCUCUCAGGAGACGAUGACGGCGCUGUCCACUCCGUCGCAAGACAGCUCAACAUCGCAGCUCAAAACGUCCGCUCCCGCUGCACCCCAACCAACAAGCAAGCCUACAUCCAAGCACUCCAUCAGCCUUCUCAUCAGAGGAACUCAAUAACCAUGUUCAUCGGCGACGGCACAAAUGACGCUAUCGCCCUCGCCACCUCCACAAUCGGCGUACACAUGAACCAAGAAACUGGCUCUGACGUAGCCAAAUCUGCCGCAGACGUCGUGCUUAUGCGACCCAGCCUACUCAGUAUCCUGACGAUGAUCAACAUCAGCGAGAAAGCGGUUUGGCGUAUCAAGUUCAAUUUUGGGUGGAGCUUUGUGUAUAAUUUGCUUGCAGUCUUGCUUGGCGCGGGCGCGUUUGUGGAUGCCAGGAUACCGCCGGAAUUUGCAGGGUUGGGGGAGUUGGUUAGUGUUUUGCCUGUUGUUGUUGCAGCCGUGCUUUUGAGGUGGGCGAGCGUUUAGAUACGAGGGUACAGGGUAUAUACGACAAGAGAUAGCAUUCUGUGUCGUGAGGAAUGCAUUGGAUGGCAUUAAGGACCAGCACUAUGUGAUUUAUCUCAUAAUUAGACCAUUGCUAUACAGGACAUUUUCGCUCAAUGGAGA